CCCUAUAAGUUACAGAAGGCAAAUUCAUGGGUACCUUCGUUGCAAUUGAAGGUGCAAGAGAUGACUUCAAGAGGCUUAUUUAUGACGCUGUAGUAUCAACCGGUUACCCUUCGUGUGUAAUUACAUUAAAGACAUUGAGAAGGAUUGUGCCAAAAGACGAUCCUGCUAAAUCAAUCAUAUAUAAAAUUGAAGAUCUUGUUUCGAGAUUAAUAGACAAAAGAGAAGCCGUGGUGAUUUUGGACGAAUUCGAUGUUUGGGAACAUUUGAAAAACACAAAGGGAAGACAAGAAGAAAACCAGCUGGAAUCAAGUGAUGGCCAACAUAGGCACCCGUACACUAAAGGGGAGUUAAAAGGUACACUGAAAAUUAAGCUCUGGGAAAACCAUAAGUCAAAAUUGGUUUCAGAAAAAAAUGUUUAUGAGAAGAUAGAAAAGACCAAGUUGUCAUGGGUUUAUGGGCUAUUAUAUCUAUUUAAACACUCCCUUGCUUCCAAGCUUAGCCACGAUGGUUGUAAACUGAUAUUCAUAGGAUUGUACGCACAUUCAGCUCAUUCGAAAGCAUUUUACGGUGACAUAUUUGAUAACACAUUAAAACCAUCUGAAUUUAUAAAGCAAAGCGAGCAUUUAUUUAUAAAAAAUUUGGGCCUCCCAGAGGAUACUAAAGAGAAAAGUGAGGAUAAGGUGGAUAUAAUCCAAGCUCUUGAAUUAAUUGAUGCAGUUACCGCAAACCACUCUAUAAAAAGGAUAGAAUCAAAUGAUUUAUAUCUGAAUCAAUCCAAAACACUGGAAAGGAAUAAUAUAUUGCAUGUUCCGUUUGAAGUAAAGUGCAGAGGGAUUUGUCUCUCCAAUAUUACUCUGAUAUGCGGUAAAAAACAAUCUGGAAAGACAACUUUAUUAAAUGCCAUAAUAAAGGCAUGGGUACAGGGUGAUCCCAUUACUAUUAUAAACAGAGUUGAUCACCAAGCUGGUUCCACCCCAAAUUGCAAACAUAGGUAUAUAUAUGCAGAAAUAAAUAGUAAUUGUGAUGCGUUGAGAUGUGAUAACGUAGAUGAUGUUAUGUUAAAUGAAGCACGUGGAAAACCAAAUGGAUUGGUGAAUAAUAGAAUGCUUUAUAAGUUGGAAUAUUACGAUAUAUUCAGUCAGUACGUUGGUUGUGGUGAAAGUUACAUACGUCACACUUUUCAGAAGGCAAAGAGCAAUCAACCAGCUUUAAUUGUUCUUGAUCAAUUAGAACUUUUGUUCGGAAACGCAAACGAUUGUAGAGAGGAUUGGUCUGGAUUAGAAACAAUAGCAAGGACAUUGAUCAAUGAAUUGAAUGAAAUUGAUGAACAGAUAGCAUUUGUUGGUGCAACUAGUGGACAUAUGAUGCCACAAGAUCUACCAAAUGUGCUGACUAACGUAAGUGGCACAACAGUUGUCAUGAUGAGAUAAUUGUGUAAUUUGGAAAAUGA